AGCGUGUCCGGGGUCUCCUCAAGCAUGCGGGGAGGCAGUGCGUACGGCUUCGGCCAGAGCCGAGUGUCCAGCAGUCGAGCCUCCAGCUACGGCCUGGGCUCAGCCCUGGGCGCCGGCAUGGGACUGAGCGCCAGCAUGGCGUACGGAUCCGGCGGCGGGUUCGGCGGCGGGUACAGCGGCGGGUUCGGCGGCGGGUUCGGCGGCGGGUUCGGCGGCGGGUACGGCGGCGGAUACAGCAUCUCCUCCUCCGCCUUGGUGAACGAGAAGCAGACCAUGCAGGGCCUGAACGACCGGCUGGCGGCGUAUCUGGAGAAGGUGCGCUUCCUGGAGAAGUCCAACGCCGAACUGGAGCUUCAGAUCCGGGAGUACUACCAACAGGCGGGUCCCACCACCCGCGACUACAGCGAGUACUGGGCCACCAUCAAGGGUCUCCGCGACCAGAUCAACGACUUGAUCCUCGCCAACUCCGGAAUCAUGCUCCAAGUGGACAACUCCAAACUGGCGGCGGAAGACUUCAAGGCCAAGUUUGAAACUGAGUUGUCCAUCAGGAUGUCCGUUGAGAACGAUAUCAAUGGUCUGCGCAUGAUGUUGGAUAACCUCACCCUCGUGAAGAGCCAACUGGAGACCGAGAUUGAGAACCUGAAAGAGGAGCUCAUUUACAUCAGGAAAAACCAUGAAGAUGAGCUCAGGAGCCUGAAGUCCCAGAUGACUGGCAACGUUUCUGUUGAUGUCACAGCUGAAGACUCCGUGGACUUGCUCAAGGUUCUGGCAGAAAUUCGGACGAAGUAUGAAGCCAUGGCCACCCAGAACAAGGCAGACGCCGACGAUUGGUACAAGCAGCAGUUUGCAGCUGUGCAACAGGAGAUCAGCGUCAACACGAGUGCCCUCGAUGGGGAGAAAUCCAGACUGACUGAACUGAGGCACAGCUGUCAGGGGCUGGAGACCGAGCUGAGCACGAUGCAAAGCAUUAUCGCCUCGCUGGAGGGUAACCUGAACGAGGUUGACAUGCGCUUCUCCGGUGAGAGGGCCAAUCUGCAGAUGACCAUCAACGGUCUGGAAGGAGCAUUGGGCGAUCUCCGCGCCAAGAUCCUGUCCAUGAGCCAGGAGUACCAGCAGCUUCUGAACAUAAAGAGCAGACUGGAGGUGGAAAUUGAGACCUAUCGCAGGCUGCUGGGCGGCUCCGGGGGUCAGUCUUCUGGCCAAGUGUCAAGCAGGUCAACUAUACAGAAGACGGUGGUCAAGCAGGAAAGAAAGCCCGUUGUUUCAAGUCAGACCAAGACGUUCACCGUGGUGGAGGAGGUUGUGAACGGCAAAGUGGUUUCUUCUCGUAUGGAGGCGAUAAAUUAAUCAAGAUGGCGUGGGGGCCUUGUAAAACAGCAAGGGG